AUGGCUUUACGGAAGGAAAGCUGGGGAGUCGACAAUCUUGCAUUUGACGUGGAGGAACAUGUCAAUGAUCUGCCUAGAGAAAAGGAAAGAGAGCGACGUAGGAGCAGCUUUACAUCAGAGGACGACCAAUAUAAACCAACCUAUUGUGUGACUGAUGUUCCACCGUGGUACCUUUGUAUUUUCCUAGCCAUUCAGCAUUACCUGACAGCUUUCGGUGGGAUCAUCUCCAUCCCCCUCAUUCUGUCGGAGGGGCUGUGUCUUCAGCAUGACAGCCUCACCCAGGGUCGACUCAUCAACACCAUUUUCUUUGUCUCUGGUCUGUGUACGGUCCUACAGGUCACCUUUGGAGUCAGACUUCCCAUCCUACAGGGUGGUACAUUUGCCUUGCUUACUCCUGCCACGGCCAUGUUGUCUAUGCCAGAGUGGAAGUGCCCGGCUUGGACCCAGAAUGCCACUCUUGUAAACACCUCCUCCCCUGAUUUCACGGAAGUUUGGCAGAUCCGUUUGAGAACACUUCAGGGCUCCAUCAUGGUGUCCUCGGUCCUCCAGGUCCUGGUCGGAUUCUCUGGUCUCAUAGGCUUCCUCAUGCGCUUCAUUGGUCCCUUAACCAUCGCCCCCACAGUCUCCCUCAUAGGCCUGUCACUCUAUGACACAGCCGGAGUCAAAGCGGGCAGCCACUGGGGCAUCUCUGCGUUGACCAUGGCGCUGGUUAUUCUGUUCUCCCAGUAUCUACAUCAGAUUCCGAUCCCCAUCCCAGCAUACAAUAAAACCAAGAAACUGCACACUUCAAAGUUCUAUAUGUUCCAGAUAAUGCCAAUUCUGCUGGGGAUUGCGGUCUCAUGGUUAGUCUGCCACCUCCUCACCAUCUAUAAUGUCUUCCCGAGUGAUCCAGCCCACUAUGGCUACCUGGCCCGGACCGAUGUAAAGGGGGAUGUAAUAGGCCAGGCCUCCUGGUUCUCAGUCCCUUAUCCUGGUCAGUGGGGCGUGCCAGCUGUGAGCCUGGCAGGUGUGUUGGGAACUAUGGCUGGAAUAAUAUGUUCCAUGAUAGAGUCUGUGGGAGACUAUCAUUCAUGUGCAGCGCUGUCAGGGGCCCCUCCCCCACCUAAGCAUGCCAUCAGCCGUGGCAUCGGUGUCGAAGGGAUUGGCUCUUUACUGGCAGGGGCCUUCGGUACCGGCAAUGGCACCACCUCUUUUAGUGAGAAUAUAGCUGCGUUGGGGAUCACCAGGGUGGGUAGUCGGACAGUGAUUUUUCUAAGUGGAGUUUUAAUGAUUCUAAUGGGCAUGCUGGGUAAAAUCGGAGCCAUCUUCUCAACAAUCCCCACUCCUGUGAUGGGAGGGGUGUUUCUGAUCAUGUUUGGAGUCAUAACAGCGGCUGGGAUUUCUAAUCUGCAGUUGACAGACAUGAACUCCUCCAGGAAUAUUUUUAUCUUUGGUUUCUCUAUGUUUUCUGCGCUUGUCGUUCCAAACUGGAUCCUGAAGAAUCAACAUUACUUAGAUACAGGUGUUAAAGAGGUGGAUCAAGUGUUGCAGAUUUUGUUGACCACGAAUAUGUUUGUAGGAGGUUUCCUUGGAUUCUUCCUCGAUAACACUAUUCCUGGAACAAAGCGUGAGCGUGGCCUCGUAGGUUGGGAAAAGGUGGACUCUGGCAAAGCCUUGGGGAAUCAAGAAAUAUACGACCUCCCCUUUGGUAUUACCUCUUGCCUCUCGUCCCAGUCGUGGGUUCGCUACAUCCCAUUCUGUCCAUGGAGGGGCCACAAAUCCCCACAAAAGUGUCAAGAGAAUGAUUUGUCUCCAGAGAAGCAGGAAAAUGGCCACCUGCCAAAUGUUACAGAGGUCCAGGAUGAAUGUGCUCUAUAG